UCCCAAGGGUUCCAAGGCCAGAGAAAAGGUUCUGGUCUGGGCUGCUGGCGUGUUUGCUCUUCAGAGUCAACUGGGAAUAAAUUCAAAGACAAAUCAACAAAGUCAUGAUUCAUCAACAGUUUGCUGUGCCAACCCCUUUCAGUGGAGACGUCCGUGUGGCAGUUUCAGCCUGACUUUGUUCUAAAUUCUGGAGCUGCUGUCUCUGUGGGAACCUGCAACUCUGGAAAUUACAAUAGUACAAGAAACGCCUUAUCCAGGCAAGGAGAUCAUGAAGCCUGGUUGUUCGAGGCAGAUUCGCUUGGUGCCUUGGUGAUUCUGAGAGGCGCAAUCCCUAAGUAGAAUCCCUUGAUGGAAAAUGAAGAAAAUCAGAGGAGAGCUCUGCUACUUCCCUGCCUCUCCCUUCAAACAUAGAGGGUUUUUAUUUUGAAUGUUGAAAUAAUUAGGCCUGUUGGCAGACUUCGGAAGCAGCAAACGGAGUCAGAGACCAAACACUUAGAAGUUAUGAAAAGAAAGCCUCAAAAAGGAGAAUGGGAAACGGAUCAAGCUAUAAUUUCACAGGGUAAUUUAGCACCCUUUACCCAAGACCUGGCCACGGCGCUUCCACCAGUGAGGACUGAGGAGCCACAAAGCAUCUAAAAUCCCAGCCCUUGGCUACUCUUGCAGCGUUGCUGAGGGAUCUGAAGGUUGAAGGCGAACAGGCUGAAAUCUUCCACGCCGUCCUAUUAGGGAGGGGAAAACACAGUCAACAGCGGCCUCAGAGUUUUUUAUAAUACGGGGCUGAACUUCUCUGCGAUCCAGUAUCACCAACGCCAUUAAGUCGCAGUAGCAGGAUGAGAAAAUAAAAAUAAAAAGGGAAGGAGGCACAGUCCAGCGUGCACGUACACGGAAAACGGAUCUUCCCGGCUCCCGACGCCGGUGGAGCUGUUGGGGGCGCCCGGGUCCUCGGCCAGCGGCCAGGGUCGGAGCCGAGAAGCGCCUUCCCGCAGGGAAGGCGCGACCACUGUGGCGCGAAGGCGGGGGGAUCCGGCGGGCGCGCGCGCUUCAAAGUGCCGCCGCCGCGGGCGCCCCCGCCCGCGUGCGCGAGUAGUACGGUCCGAGGGGGCGGCUCCUGGGGCGCGGCUCCGCCGCAGCUGAUGCGCGCCCAGCCGCCGGGAGGCGGGAGCCAGGAGCUAGGAGGCUGGAGCCGGGCCGCAGGGACCAGGAGCAGCUGAGCCGCCGUGCAGCCAAGGCCGAGCCGCCGGGCGUCGCGGACCCGGACCCCGAGGAGGCCCCAGGAGAGGCAUCUCCCCCGCGGGAGUCGCCGGGCGCGGGGACGCCGUGGGCGCACGUUCAGGAAGGAGGACGCGGAGGAAGCGGCGCUGCCAGCCGGAGGAGAGGAAGCGCUCCACCCGGGCCCCCGACGGCGCUCGUUUAACCACAUCCGCGCCUCCGCUGGAAACGCGUCCGGGCGCCUGUCACCGGUUCCCUCCAUUUUGAAAGGGAAAAAGGGCUCUCCCCUUUCCCAUCCUCCUAGGAGCCGGAGCCGGAGCCGGAGGAGUCGCGCUCAUGGCGUUCAGCCCUUGGCAGAUCCUGUCCCCCGUGCAGUGGGCGAAAUGGACGUGGUCCGCGGUGCGCGGCGGGGUCGCCGGAGAGGACGAGGCCGGAGGGCCCGAGGGCGACCCCGAGGAGGAGGACUCGCAAGCCGAGACCAAAUCCUUGAGUUUCAGCUCGGAUUCUGAAGGUAAUUUUGAGACCCCUGAAGCCGAAACGCCCAUCAGAUCACCUUGCAAGGAAUCCUGUGAUUCACACCUAGAACUGGCAGGCCCUGGGGCCAAAACCCAAGACUCACAAGAAGUGGACGAACAGCUGGUAGCAGAAGUGGUUGAAAAAUGGUCAUCUGAGGCUGGUUCUAGACCCUCAGAAAACAAGGCAGCUCAGCAGGCUACUGAGUCUUACUCAGUCAAGGGUUUCAGAGAAGAACCUGAACACGAUGUGAGCAAAAUCUCUGUCGUGAGGCCGUUUUCCGUAGAAACCAAGAAUUCCACGGCGCCCCGGGGGCCGCCUGGCCCAGCAGCGGCUCAUGGCUGCGCGGCCGCGGUCCUAGGCCAGGCCGGGCUCUGCCCCCGCGCGCCGGGCGCCGCCCAGGACCAGGCAAUGACCGAGGGCGCCAUGGGGGCCACGCUGGAGGCCUCGGCGGAAGGCGACCCGGAGGCGGGGAGCCCGUGUCCGGAGCCCGGGGCCAGCAGAAGCAGGCUGCGGAAGCCCAGGCCCGUCCCCCCGAGGAAGAAGGCGGCAGGCGGCGGGGUCUCCGAAGCCCACCCCGACCCGGAGGGCGCGCGUCUUCCCCGGGCGGACCGCCAGUCCGGUCCCGACGGAGCGGCUGGGAACGCCGCCACCCCUGCCCUGCUAGGAGGUGACAGGAGCCAGAAGUGUCCCCCCGAGGUGAGGGAGACACCGUGUGCCCCCGGCGGUGACACCCGCGACUCAGGGGCUGAGCUGCUGGAGGCGGUGAGGAGCUCCCCUCUGAAACUGGAGUUUGACUUCACGGAAGACGUGGAGACUGUGGAGUCCAGGAAAGGCCUCCCGAGGAAACCCGGCCGGAAACCGGGCAGCAGGGUGACGCCCAAGGUUCAGAAAGACGGCGCCGGGGAGCCAGCAGGCGCCCCGGGGGCAGGGGCGUCCUCAGAGCCGGGUCCCCGCCCGUGUCCCGGGGAGAGCCCCGACUUCGGGCCCUUUGGAGGCCACUCCCCGCUGCAGCGCUCGCCCCUGCUCUCGGCUCGGGGCUCCUACCGCUUUGACCCAGAUCACUUUGACGAAUCCAUGGAUCCCUUUAAACCCGCUCUGACUUUAACGAGCAGUGACUUUGGUUCUCCCGCCGGUAGUCAUAUUAGUGAAAUCUUAGAAUCACCCAAGAAGGCAAAGUCGCGUUUGAUAACGAGUGGCUGUAAGGUGAAGAAAUACGAAGCCCAGUCUCUGGCUUUGGAUGGGUGUUCUCAGGAUGAAGGAGCAGUGAUCUCCCAGAUUUCAGACAUUUCUAACAGGGAUGGCCAUGCUACCGACGAGGAGAAGCUGGCGUCCACGUCAUCUGGUCAGAAACCCAUUGGGGCCGAGGGGAAAGGUGAGCCAGAGGACGACCUGGAGUACUUUGAAUGUUCCAAUGUUCCCGUGUCUGCCAUAAAUCAUGCGUUUUCAUCCUCAGAAGCAGGCGCUGAGAAGGAGACGUGCCAGCAGAUGGAGAAGGAUGGACCCUCCGUGCCCGCACUGCUGGAUUCCCUGGGGGAGAAGGGCCCUGUGUCCGUGGCCUGUGGAGGGGAGAGCCCGCUGGACGGCAUCUGCCUCAGUGAAUCAGACAAGACCGCCGUGCUCACCCUGAUACGAGAAGAGAUAAUCACUAAAGAGAUGGAAGCAAAUGAAUGGAAGAAAAAAUACGAAGAAACCCGACAAGAAGUCUUGGAGAUGAGGAAAAUUGUGGCUGAGUAUGAGGAGACCAUUGCCCAAAUGAUCGAAGAUGAACAGAGGACGAGUAUGACCUCUCAGAAGAGCUUCCAGCAGCUGACCAUGGAGAAGGAGCAGGCCCUGGCCGACCUAAACUCGGUGGAAAGGUCCCUCUCCGACCUGUUCAGGAGAUACGAGAACCUGAAAGGCGUCCUGGAAGGGUUCAAGAAGAAUGAAGAAGCCUUGAAAAAAUGUGCUCAGGAUUACUUAGCCAGAGUUAAACAAGAAGAGCAGCGGUAUCAGGCCCUGAAAAUCCACGCGGAGGAAAAACUGGACAAAGCCAAUGAGGAGAUCGCUCAGGUUCGAACAAAAGCAAAGGCUGAGAGCGCCGCUCUCCACGCGGGGCUCCGGAAAGAGCAGAUGAAGGUGGAGUCCCUGGAAAGGGCCCUUCAGCAGAAGAACCAAGAAAUUGAAGAACUGACAAAAAUCUGUGACGAGCUGAUUGCAAAGCUGGGAAAGACGGACUGAGUUUCCCCUGUUAGCUCGGCAGAUCUGCAUUUGGCUGCUUCUCUCGUGACCACGAUUAUCUUGCCUUAUCCAGGAAUAAUUGCCCCUUUGCAGAGAAAAAAAAAAAACCACGGAACUUUACAAAAGCACAUGCCCACCGCUGCCUGUCCCGCUUUGCUGCCGACGCACCCGCCCGGGAGGCGCCACUGGAGGAUUUACUGCGCAGCCGCGGAAGGAGUGGCCUGACCGAGCCGUCCGGCUCAGUGAGACGGGCUGCCAAGUCUGGGCAGGAUUCUCUAUCUUUGGUUUGUUUUAAAGUCAUCUUUACUUUCCCCAAGUGCGUUCAGUGUAUGAGUUUAUGGCUACUAUUUGGGACCAUAUCCUGUCCACCACCUGUCUGAUUUUUUUAAAAAUUUAUUUCAUCUUUUACAUUUAAUUUUCAAUAUUAGUGGUUUUAUUUGAGGAGAUAAUUUGGCCUAUUGUUACUUCCAGUUGAGUACCCAUUUAUACACACGCUGUCUCUCACACACACGCACGCAUGCACGCACGCAUAUUUAUAUAUGCUGCUGCGUUUUGUUUCCCUGAAGCAUAAUCAAAUAAGAACUUCUCUACAGAAGGACAUAUUUCCAUAAAUGUAAAACCCAUAUUUUGAAACAGAGUCCUGUCUCAGAAUGCCAACUUCAGAAUUUGGGGGGUUGAGGAGGUGAAGCCCCCGGACUCCAUGUCUGGCGUGACUCAUAACCUCAGACUCAGGUGUCACAUAAGGGAGACUGUUGGCCCUAGUGUCCUGUUGCCCCGUACUUGGGACGCUUCUCAGCCUGAAUGCAGGCGGCCCCUCUGGAGUUAGUCCUCAGACCCAGGGCAUCUACUUUGUGGGAUCCCUCACAGCUGGGGUUCGGCAAGUCUGUCCUAGAGCCGUCAGUCUCCUCUGCUUCCAUUUGUUGCUCCAAAAUCGACAUUUGCCCCUCUAUUAUCUCUCUAUUCGGAAUAUGCAAAGAAAGUCUGCUUGUCAAAGGUUUAGAUGAUCUUAUUUAAUUAACUCCAUUAGCAAUCGUAAGGUGAAGCAACAGUUGGAUUUUUGCAAGUUUGAUGCAUUGUUCUUCAGAUUUUUUUUUCCCCAAAGGCAAAAAAAAAAAAAAAAACUUGCAAACUUAAGGACAGUAGAAUUUUCAACCAAAUGGGCAGGAAAAAUCACGCGAGCCACUCCAAAAAUCAGUGCGUUUUGAAUAUUUUUAAACCAAGGCCAUUCGAAGACUGGAGGAGGGGAGUGCAGGGAGCAGAUCCCCACUCACAAAAGCAAAUUCCUCAAGCCGGUCCUGGACUCCAUUCAGAGUGGCGGGGCCCCUAACCCCCAAUUGGAAGUUUCCCGUGUGAACCCCUCCCAUUUGAUAGGCGAAACCAAAUCCACACAGGUGUUUUAAAGCACUCUUUUGUCUUAAUCUGAACACCUUGAGCGUCUUCAUGGUGAUAUGCAUUAUCUCCAGUACACGUAAGUUUUCAUACUUUUCUUGUAAAACUACUGCAUGACCCAACUUCAGCAAUGAAUUGUGCCUCGUGGAGACCCGCUCUAGCUCUUUCGAGAUGACUUUUUCUUUAGCCGUGUACUAUUCACACGGGUGCAAUCUUUAGCUCCAGGGAGGUCAGUAAUGUCUUUUAAAGCCAGAAGUCCCGUUUAACCGAUAUGCAUUUCUCACAAUUGGUGCUUAGGCUGUGUUUUAAAGCCUACCGUCUUAACAUUUUGUACAAAAAAACCCAACAACAACAGAACAACAGAAAUGAUCUGUGUUUGGAGAAGUGAUGUGACAAUCGUUUGGGCCCUGAAAGCAGUCGCAGGUUUGAUGUGAGUGCCCUGCUACAGCCGUGUCCCUGGACGAGCAGGUGUCUCCAGGCAGUGUGACUGCGGCCUCUUCCAAUCCUCCACCACUAGAGAAACUCAUUUUGUGUUUUGCAGAAAGAAACAUUGCUAAACCUUUUUGCUGCUGUGUUUUGGUGACAUAUCCAUGUUUACCUGUUUCGUAUUGCUCUGUUUGACGCAUGAAAGGCUUAUUAUAGGGGUCUCUGUUAUAAACCUACAGUCCUCUCUUUUAGGCUUCUUGUGUAUAAAAAGAGAAAGUAGCUGUGUGUUGAAACAGAGGUGAUGACAAUCUUUCCCAAGCACACUGGUGAGAAGAGACCCCUUAAAACUAGACCCUAGGGAGUAAAGUUGCUGCACAAGGAAAACGAAAGGGCCCUUAUUCAGUAAUACUUGCCACUGGCCUCUCAGCUAUGACCAUUACAAGGAAAUGGUCUUCCUUCUAAUUUAAUAGAUGGAUAUUCUCCAACAAGAAGAAAAAUGUAGCUUGUACAGCUGGCAGAUCAAGAGAAUAUACUGGGCAGAAUGAAGUAUGUUUGUUUAUUUUUUUAAAAACAUAAAGGGGAGAAAGAAACUUUUAGUAAUCUGGAGAGUAAGAAUGUGGCCUAGAAUUUUGCUUCAAAACGUGGGCGGGCCAAAUUACUCGUAAGCUAGACAGUAAUACUCCCUGUGACAAACGUGAAGGGAAAAUGAGAGGAAGCCACUGGCCUGGACGGUGGUUUGGGAACGUGAGUGGUCUUGUUGAGGCUCUGGAUCCAGAGCCAUAUCCUAAGUUUUUCAUUUUGCCAAAGUAUAGAUAGUCUUUACCUAAAAGUGUUUUAAUUGGAGGAUCUAUUGGAAGACAGACUGCACAGUUUGUCACUUGGUUGGCUAGUCAUUUACAGUCAGACCUCCCAAAAUUUACUUUAUUUGGAGACACUCGGGGAAGCCAGUGACCUGCCCAGACCUUCUGUUCUGUGAAAACGUCCUGGAAACACUGAGAAGCCCAGUUUGCUCGCAUGGCUUCUAGCAUCUUCAGACCUAGCCCAAAUUAGGAAGUGUAGACGCACAUGAUGGUGAAAAACUCUGAGGACCUGGCAGCCUUCCAAACUGAUACGGAGUCCAAGGGAAGAUUUACCUUUCGUUUUGGAGGAUGGCUCAAGUUGAAUCUUCUUUCCAGCCAGUUACCUUUUUUUGACCCGUCCCACACUUUCUGCAACUCUCACACAAAUACUUAGAUACUUUAGUACGGGCCUUGGAUGCUUACUGACUGAUGAUAAUCCAGCAGAGUAAACUGCCCCAAACGUCCCUGGGCUGACUCAGUGCAGCCAGAGUGAAGCACUCAUUUUACUGAAAGGUAACAGAGGACUUGAUGGCUCUAAAGCUCAAAGUGGAGUUGUGAUAAGCAGGCAGUGGUGAGUCUGCAUGCACUACUAACUGGAGAUAAUUCAGCGCGUCCUUUUUCAGUGGAGUGAAAUCCCUAAAGCUCCCUUUUGUUUUCCUUUUGGUUUUUUGCCGCAGUUGGUAGCCAUCUCAUGAAUUGUCCGCGACCGGUGUCUCUUCUUUGUAGUUUUGUGACCAUGCAGGCUUGCUCUCGGACUUGGGUGGUUUCUUACUUUAUCCUCUUGUUGGGAAGAGAGAAACUAGGUGUUUGAAGGAUUAAAUGAUUCAAGCAAAGUGUUUUAGGGUAAAGAUGUAUAUAUUCUGAAGAAUUUAAAAGGUAGCAGAUUAUUAUUUGCUUAUUAAAG